CGUGAAUACACGUGCAUGUGUGUGUGUGCGUGUGUGCGUGUGUGAGUAAGUAGAAAAACAAUAUAAAGGAUACAGUGUAUAUAGGUUACCCAUCACGCCAUCUCGAGCACAUUAUCCACAAACAAUCUCUAAUUCACUGCAACUAUCUACCGCUUAACUCACAGCUUCAUUCAAUAUCAAAAUAAACACAGCAAUAACAACACAAUCAACAGUCCAUCAUCAACACAGAAACAUUUAUCAUACAGUUAAUUGUCAGUGAGUUAUCCGAACACAAUAGAGACAGACAAUUCCCAUUGAUAAAUAAUUCUGGCAGUAACAAUUCAAUCGACACGCAGUUAUCGAAAAGCCAGUCGUAGAAGAAAUAUGGUUUCGUGUGCAGAAAAAUAUGCCAACAAACAGCAUAUUAUCGCUGAUCGUCUACGAUUAACUUCAAGUCCAUUGGUGCGUGCAUGUUUAGGCGAAUUCAUGGGUUCAAUUAUUUUGAUGAUCUUCGGUAGUGGUGUGCUAGCACAAGUGAUCCUGGGUGACCAUGGCAGACAUGCUCAUGGAACAUUCAUCUCAAUCAGUAUGGGGUGGGGUUUCGCAGUGUACAUGGCAGUAAUGUUCUCAGGACAGUGUGGUUCUGGACACUGUAACCCGGCCGUAACUUUGGCAUCUGCAGUCGUCGGCAAACUGCCAUUCCGACGUAUACCGUUUUAUACAUUCUUUCAAAUACUCGGUGCGUUCCUCGGUUCAUUGGUUGUCUUCGUCUUAUAUCGUGAAAAAAUCAUGGAAUAUGCCAACCUAUAUGACAAUGGGAAGUUGUUGGUGAAUUCCACAGGUGGCAUAUUCGUCACCAAUCCGUCGGCAUCUCAUCUUACAUGCUUUCUCGAUCAAAUUCUCGGCACUGCAUUGUUGACAGCAGGAGCGUUCGCCAUCACCGAUCCAAAUGGAUGGAAACUUCCAGACUACCUACACCCACUACAUUUGGCAUUUCUAGUCUACACUAUUGUUGGCUGUUUCGCAUUGAAUGCUGGAGCUGCUCUAAAUCCAGCUCGUGAUUUAGGACCCAGACUCAUGAUAUUUAUAUUCGGUAAGUUGUUCAUUUCCCAUUCAUACUAUUCGCUUACUCUCAAUUCUCACUAACGAGUAAUAACAAUUACACGAGUUUACUAUUGGUUGCCUCAAUCAAUCAAUCAAUCACUAAAGUACAAUCGUUUGUGAUUUGAUGCACGUUCAAACAUAACUAACUGAUUGUCGUUAUCAUUGGGAACUGAUUCAGAUGUAGUAUUCAUAAUUCUGUUAAAGUUAUUCAACAGCAUCACACCCACAUCACAUUUCAUUAGUCUGAUGAUAAUUCCACUAGACCAUUCGUCCUCACGACAGUGAUUCUCAUAUUAUUACAACAUCCUUACAUGUACUCGACAGUGAGUAGAUUUGUUUGUCACACAUUAUUACAAAGCAUCAACAGGGGAAGUAACUCAACAUGAACAUGAUCAAUAUACGUCUUGUCAGUGUAUGGCUAGAAUGUCUCCGUCAAAAUACUUCAAAUAUUUCAAACUUGAUAUAAGUGGAAAGAUUGUGGUUAGUGUGUGUGUGUGUGUUGGUGGUGGUGGAAUGUUGGUGAAUAUCGACGUUACAUUGAAAGGAUGCUUUGAUUACUUGAUCUGAUGGGGAUGGGAAAUUCUAUUUCACAUACAUUUAACUAAAAACAUUAUUGGUGAUGAGUCACUGUUUCCAACCAAUUCAUUAUAAUGUACUAAGUCGGAAAAGCAAGUGAUUAGUUUAAGUGAACACCACAAUGUUCACUGAUAUAGUUCAUACUGAAUUUUCCACACUCACAUAUUUACAUGUUUUAAAACAGAUCGAUUUAUUAUUAUGUUGCUCAUUGGAUCAUCGAUCAAUGCAGUCGUGGACAUUUGGUCAACUCUGAGAGUGACGUGACUUGGUUAAUAUCACUGAGUACUUCCCACUCACAUAUGAAUAUUGUGUCGAUAAUCGGAGAGAUAAUACGAUUUAUUGGGAAAGUACUCAUCCAUUUCACAACAAAUAUGGACGUUUGUUAGAACGGUUGGGGUAACCAAGCGUUCAGUGGAGGAAACUACUUCUUCUGGAUACCAAUAGCUGGACCGUAUAUUGGUGCUGUCAUCGGUGCAGUCUUAUACGAAUUGACUAUCGGUAUACAUUUGGAUAGGAAAUCCGACUUCGUUGUGGACUUUGAUUAUGAAGAAUCACAACGUGAUAGUAAGAAGUUGAUGGCCUCCGCAUCACCGUAAUCGUUGACAACCAGACGAAAUGCUCCCUCGUCCUUCUACUCUUACACGCACACACUCACAAACAUACACUUCUAUUACCGUUGAUGCAUAACAACCAUUUUCACUGUUUUCAUCAUUCAGAUUUUCUAAAUAUAUAACAUUGUAAAAUAGUCUGUUGAUUUACGUUUCAUCCACAUCACUUGAUCAUUCGAUGUGAACAUCUAUGCUAAAAUAUCAGAUAUGCAAAUGCACAAUUCAUAUUCUCAAUAAAAUCGAAAAUACACAUUGUUAAAUGCACUGAAAUUAUUUGUGUGUUGUGUUUUUUUUUGGUACUCUUACCGAAACACUCUAUCUCAGGACAUUCUUCACAUGGAACACGUUGACAUCUCAGUGGAAGUUAUGAGGAAUAUAAUAUUGGUUUAAUCAA